AUGGAGCUUGGCAAGGGGGGUUGCUGCAUCGACAGCGGGGAGGCGCGCAUCAGGCAGCUUGGGUACAAGCAGGAAUUGGCACGCAACUUUGGCCUGCUGUCAAAUGCUUCCAUCGGCUUCACUGCCAUCAGUAUCCUGACUGGUAUCACAGCGUCCUUUGGAGUGGGCUACAAUAAUGGCGGCCCGGUGUCCAUUGUGUGGGGCUGGGUGCUGGUGUCGAUCAUGAGUCUUGCUGUGGCGUCCUGCAUGGCAGAGAUCACAUCAUCGCUGCCCAUCAGCGGGGGCCCCUAUUACUGCUCUCAGAGAAAUGGAGGAGUAAUAAAAAUUCUCAUGUGGCAUGCAGGUUGGCUGAAUCUGUUGGGGCAGGUGGCGCUGACCGCCUCUGUUGACUCUUGCCUGGCCAAUCACAUCGCGGCAAUUUGGGUCAUCUACAAUGGCCAUGUAUUCCAGCAGGAAGAGCUGCUGCUCUGCUAUGCAGUGUGCCUGGUGAUGCACGGCUUCAUCAACAUGAUGUCAGCGAGAUGGAUGGCGCGAUUCAUGCUGCUGUCAGGGGUCUACCAGCUGGUUGCGUCAGUGGUAGUCAUCGUACUAAUCCCCACCAUCGCGCCGACUCACCAGAGCGCCAAAUUCGUCUUCCUGACCUUCGACACCUCCACCAGUGCCAGCAACGCCCCCAGCAGCGCGUACCUGUUCAUCUUGGGGAUGCUCAUGAGCCAAUACACAAUCACCGGCUAUGACUCGUGUGGGCAUUUGAGCGAGGAGACAAAGAACGCUGACCGGACAUGUCCGCGGGGCAUCAUGAUGGCUGUAGGGACUUCUGUGGUGCUGGGCUUUGGUUAUGUCAUCGCCCUGCUCUUCUCUGUUCAGAAUGUGGAGGAUUUGAAUACCGGUAAGGCGAAUGGUUAUGUGAGCGGCCAGAUCUACUACGAUGUUGUCAUGGCGCGAUUUGGAGACCCCAGGAUUGCAGUGGGCAUCAUGGCUCUUCCAGCAAUGGCCAUGUUCUUCUGCGGCGCCUCCUGUGUCACAUCCAACUCCAGGAUGCUUUGGAGCUUCUCCAGGGACGGGGGCAUCCCUUUCCACCAGCUCUGGUCAGCCAUCAAUGAGAGCACGCAGACGCCCAUCCUCUCAGUGUGGGCCAUGGUCACCUUUGCCUUUCUGCUGGGCCUGCCCAUGCUCCACUCCACGUCAGCAUUCCAGGCUGUCACUUCCAUCUGCUCCAUCGGACUCUACAUCAGCUAUGGUAUCCCCAUUCUGAUGCGGAUUAUAAACAACAGGCGAUUCGAACCGGGGCCGUUCAACCUGGGGCGUUACGGGCCGUACAUCGGCUCUGUGGCAGUUGCAUGGGUGGUUGUCAUCACGGUGGCGUUUGUGCUGCCGACAAGCUACCCGGUGACUACGCAGACACUGAAUUACUCAGGGGUGGCUGUUGGGACCGUAAUGGUUGGCGCAGUGCUCAUGUGGUUCCUGCCGAGCAUUGGCGCUCGGCACUGGUUCCGUGGGGAGAUGCCAACCUACAAACCUGAACUAGAAUCGGUGCGUCCCCAAGUCUUUUCACAUUGGUCGUUUGCAAAUGUUUCCAGAUCGACUAUACACAAGAUGAUCAGUGUGGCAGCCAUGCACUGGAGUUAUUUUGGCAUGCUGCGCUGUGCAUAUGAUAUUAUAAUAGAGAAUUUUUGUUGA